UUUUUGUCUUCUUCUCCUUCGUUUCAUUCAAGCGGCAGCCCAGCCUCCCCCCCUCUUGGUUCAAGCUUCAGCACCAUCAAGCACGGCAGCCUCCCUCUUGGUUCAAGAUUCAGCACCGCAGCAAGCAGGAGAGAAGAAGAGAAGCCGAGUGCCGCCACUGCCUGCCGACCCAACCCAUCGAGACGAGAGCCCGGAGCCUCCCUCACCCUCAGCUCUCACGCGGCGGCACCACCAGAUCUCACGGCCACCACCAGCGGCGCGACACGCCUCGUCGCCUCGCCUCGCCUCGCCUCGCCAGCAGCGGUCCGCUCUCCAUCUUCCCUUCACCUCUCCUUCCCCAGGGUCCCUUCAGGAGCUCCUCAGCGCUCACACAGUCCCGCGAGCAACACCUAGAGGUUUAUCAUCAUUUUGGAGUGUCUCUCGAUCCUAUUGGAUUUUGUUUUAGUUGUUGGACAUCACUAAUAUUAUUUUGGUAUGGAUUUAGACUUAGAUGAGUCCCCACCUAUGGAGAAUCACCUAGAACUCACCAGUAUGGUCCCAGAUCUAUCAUAUUCUCCGAAAAACGAAGACAAGAAGAAAAAGAAGAAGAAGAAGAAGAAACAGAAGGAGGAGGAGGAGCAGAAUCAAGAAUCGUCAGUUCAAGCAAUCGUGGAAAUUGUCAAAGAACAGACUGAGAAAUCGGCGCCUCUUGUGGGGUAUUUCCCAUCCGGAUUUGAUCCAAAUAAGGACCCCGGUUCAACCGUUACUAGAGUUUUCAGGAACAAGGAUAAGCCUAAAAGACUCGAGCUUGUGGUGACUCCAAAUGCUACGUCGAAGGUGGAUUUUGUUGGAACCAACUAUUCUGGCGAAGCCGCAGCCGGUCAGCAUUGUAGUUAUGCGCUUGGGGUUCUUGACAAGGAAACUCAGACAUUGAGGAUUGUUCCUAUUGCUUCCAAUAAGAUAUUUAGACUAGAACCAAAAAUUCGUGGGCUGGACUAUGAACAGAAGUCAGAGCAAACAGAACCUUCUACUAAAGAGUCUGCAAAAAAGAAGUUGGACCAACUGAAAGAGCUAACUGAUCACUAUGGUACGAUAAGGUCGAGAAGAGAGGCUCAGAAGUUACGAGUUCUGCAUAAAGAACAUGAUCCUAACUCUCAAAGGGAUCUGGAUGGGACCAUUAAACAAAUUGUUGUGAAGAAAGAGGACAUUGCAAGUUCUGAGGUGCAUAGCUUCCGCAAUACCCCACCAUAUAAUUCAGCUGCUACUACUCCUCAGGAAGCUUAUCCAUUGGAGAAGAUCAUUUUUGAAGGAGAAUGGGAUUUCCUACUUGAAGAUAUAUAUAACUUUUUGCAAUCAGAUAAAGAAGUGAACUGGGAUACUUACCCAACCUUCGUUUCCAAUAGAAUACAUAGGCUGGAAGAAGUCAAGGAUGAAGAGGAGAAGAAGAGGUUGUCUUGCAUUUUCUCAUACAUUACCCAUCUUGUAAAGUUUAAAGAUAAGCACUCGAUGGAUCGUUUUACCUCUGCAAAGCAGCACAAGAUACCAGGCAUUAUACGCCAGAAGUUUGCAUCCAUGUUUGGUGACCCAGACUCUCACAAACUGUCACCUGAGAAACACAAUCUUCUCAUUAGUUAUGUAUUGGUACUUACACUGUAUGCAGAUGGAUUCCGAGCAAAUUUUUCUGAUAUAGCAAAGGAUUUGAAACUAGAUUCAGUAACUUUGAGAGAGCAUUAUGAGCAUUUGGGUUGCAAGCUUGUACAUGAGAAGAAAUUGUGGGUUGCAACCCUUCCUACUCCACUCAAGUUUCCCUCAAUGAGGCAGAAGCGGCGGCGAUAGUCUGACUCUUAUGUUUUUGACAGUGAAAGCAGUGCAGGGCCCGACUUAUAUAUCCUCAAGAGUUUGGUACAGAAAAGUGUUGAGGUUUUUCCUUUGUGUUCAACGGAGCCUUUCUCAUUGGGAAUAGUUUUGUUUUUUAAGUUUGUUGAAUCAGGCUGCACCAUCUUUUAAAACGUUGUGUUUUAUCAAGUUACCUUGGCAUGCAUAAAAUAUUCAGUCUCGUAACUCGUGUACAAUUUACAAAAAGCUUUAUUAGUUAAUGUGGUUUUAUUAUUCUUUUCAA